UAGUAACACCCAAUAGUCGAGGCAUUGCGGUUGCUGUUCUAUCAGAAGGGAUUGUUAACAUUUUCUGUGUUUUUUUUUUUCAUUCUAAAAUCAAAAAGACACUUAGAUAUUUUAUUUUUCGCUAUAUUAGCUAAUAAAUAUAAAAAAAGUUCAAAACAAUAAUGGCUCAAGAAGAUAGUGGUUGGGUGUUUGAUUCAUUAGUAGGAUUUCUUCAAGGUCCAAUAUGGUCAGCACCUCUCUUGACAUUUAUCGAAGAAAGAUCUCUCAUUUUUGAAGCAGAUACACAAGACAGUGAAGAAUAUCAUGAAGUUUACCAAGAAUAUAAAAAUUUGGUUGAUUUAUUAUUAGGAUGUUACAUGGAAGAUAUGAGAAUUACACCAGAGCAAUUUGAACAUGCAUGUACGGUAAAUAAACAAACGAGAAUGCCUAUUAACUUUCAACAGUCUCUUUUUGAACAAAUUUGGGCCGCCAAUGAAUAUGAAAUAUUCAAAAGAAUGAUGAUACAAAAAAACUUGGAGUUACAAUUACAAGCCCUCAACAUGUUGGAACAAAAAUUUGGACUUACUCCUUCAUCGUUAACUUAUAAUACUGAAGAGCUCCCUGAUGAUGAACUUGCUAUGGAAGAAAUAUUACAGAAAAAAAUUCAAGAACUUGAACAAGAAGAAGAUGACGAUAAUCUUGUUGAGGCAGAAAAAGAUCUCGAAAAAGCCCACGAAAUCUUGUACAAUCAGUAUCAAAACGAACGAGCCGUGUUGGAAGAAACGAUACGAACUUCAGUGCAACUAACAGAUCCACCAGUUGAGACGGUAGAAAAUGUCGAUCAACCAAUCGAGUCUAGUUCAAAGCCUGUAAAAUUACCAUUGCUUAAACCAGCGAGAAUAUUAACUCCACUUGCCCCAAUACCAAAGGAAGAAGAUGAAAAGCCAGACCUUCAAGCUGAAACGAAACUAAAUGAAAAACAAGAUGAAAGUGAAGAAGAUAUGAAAAAAAGAGAAAAUUAUCUAAAAGCACGAAGAGACAAACUAGUAGCACUGAAAAAACAAGCUCGUAAUCAAAGAUUGGAGAUGACAAAGGCACGUCCAAGCUCAGCUAGAAAUGUUGCUGAAGCAACGAUGCAAGGUAAACAAGAUUUAGAAAAUUCUCAAGCUAUCGAUCCAUCAAUUCUUCAAGUUCGUAAAGCUCUUGCAGCACGUCUGAGAGCAGAGGUUGUCCGCCAAUAAAACAUAACAUUUUUUAUAACCUGAUAUUACUUAUAAAAUUACUGUUAAUAAUCAGAAAAUCUAUUAGAGUUUCGUUAACAAAUUAACGAGACUUACUCACGGUAAUCAAUAAUUCGUUUGAAUUAAAAUUUAUUCAAUUAAAUACUUCACGCACUUCUACAACACAUUCUCAUCAUACCACUUUCUAUUUUUCAUUGCGGAAUUCAUGUAUAGCAUGAGAUUCGUAGCAUCGAAAUGCUCAUAUUUUAUUUGUACCAAUUGUAUUGAUUGUUUAAAUCUAUCUUUUAUUGUACGUUCAAUUACUAUAUUUUAAUGUACGACUAAAAUUAUUCAUUUAAAUUUGAUCAAUUAUUUACAAUCUCACAUAUGUCAUGUUAAACCAAAAUUAAUAACUCAGCAAAUGUUGAUAAUGAUUAGUGAUUUGA